CCCUUUCUCUCUCUUACCCCCGUCGUCGUCAUCAUCACCACCACCCCUCCUCUCUCUCUCUCUCUAAAAUUGCCUCCCUCCCUCUCUUUCAGUGAGAUGGUCGAGCAACGAGGAGUCGCAGAGACCUAGACGCACCAGGUUCCUAGAGAGAGAAAGAGAGCAAGAGAGGAUUUUAGAGAGAGAAAGAGAGAGAUGGUGAGGAAGUGCAGAGGUAGCGCGGAGGUGGCGGUGAUGGAGGUGCCGGUCGUCGGCGUGAGGACCCGAGCUCGGGCCAACCUGGCCGCCGCGGCCGCUCCGUCCCCCCGCCGCCGCCAAGGCCCCCGCCCGGCCCGCGAAGCGGAGGAGGGUCGGAGCAGCGCCGCACGGCCGGGGCGAGGAGGUGGCGGAGGAGGCGGCGGAGGAGCUGAGGUCGUCGUGCGGCUCGCCGCCGUGCGACGACGAUCGCCCGCUCGCCCGGAGCGGAGGCGGCGGCGAGGCGACGACGCUGCCGGUGGAUUCGCUGCGCCCGGCUCCGGCGGGGGAGGCGAUGGGGGAUCGCUGCCGGAGCCCUAGCUCCUGCGAUCUCGCCUCGGUGUCGUGCUGCUCGAGCAACGGAUCGAGCGAGGGAGAGAAGGAGACGAUCGAUUUCGUAGAUCUGGAGGAGGAGAGCGACGGAGGAGUCGACGCCGCCACGUAUCGCCGCCGCCGCCGUCGCCGUGGGAGGAGAGAGAAGACGCCGCCGUCGAGCAGCGAGGUCGGAGCGGAGUCCGACGACAUGGGGUCAGCUUCCAAGCCGACGUCGGAGGCCAACUCUCGCUGGAGACCGAGAAUGCCGACGCAGGCGGAGCUCGACGAUUUCUUCGCCGUCGCCGAGAAGAACCACGCUCUCGAGAACUUCAAGGAGAAGUACAACUUCGAUUUCGUCAAGGAAGAGCCGCUGAAAGGACGCUACGAGUGGUCUCGGAUAGGGAGCAAUCCGGCCGGGAGAAGCGACUGAUCAUGGUCGUCAUCACCGUCGGGGGAGGAUGGCAUCGUCCAUGCACUAUCGUCCAUAAUUUGUCACUGUUUUUUAGGGGGGUACUUCCUCCAUCUGAAUAGUUUCUCGAAUCUUUAGUCCAUCAGGUCAGCUUAUUUAUCUCCUUACGUUCCUGUACAGCAUCUCUCUCUCUCUCUCUCUCCCUCUCCCUCUCUUCUGUAGUACAGUAGUGUUAGGGUAUGGGUUUAGGAAGACGAAGGAGUUCUGUUCUCCGGUACGGUGUUGUAUACGGAGGAGAAGAACCCCAUCUCCUGCCCAAAAAAAAAAAACAAAAAGAGCAUCAAGGAAUUGUUAUUCUUAUCGAA